GGAAGGCGGAAGGGCUAUAUAAGGCCCCUCCCGUGAGCUUCUCUUCUCACUAACUUUUUUCUCCCGGAGACUUCCUAACGGUCGGGCGGUGAGAAACUUUGUGUUGCCUUCCUUUCCAUCUCUUCUUAGCCCAGCACAUCUUUAUCAUGCGUGAGUGCAUCUCUAUCCAUGUUGGCCAGGCUGGUGUCCAGAUUGGCAAUGCCUGUUGGGAGCUAUAUUGCCUGGAACAUGGUAUCCAGCCUGAUGGGCAGAUGCCAAGUGACAAGACCAUUGGGGGUGGAGAUGACUCUUUCAACACCUUCUUCAGUGAAACUGGGGCUGGCAAGCAUGUUCCUCGUGCUGUGUUUGUAGACCUGGAACCCACUGUUAUUGAUGAAGUUCGAACUGGAACCUACCGCCAGCUCUUCCAUCCUGAGCAGCUGAUCACCGGCAAGGAAGAUGCUGCCAAUAACUAUGCCCGUGGACACUAUACUAUUGGCAAGGAAAUCAUCGACAUCGUUCUGGACAGAAUUCGGAAGCUUGCAGACCAGUGCACAGGUCUUCAAGGCUUCUUGGUUUUCCACAGCUUCGGUGGUGGGACCGGCUCUGGUUUCACCUCUUUGCUGAUGGAACGUCUGUCAGUUGAUUAUGGCAAGAAGUCCAAGCUGGAGUUCUCCAUUUACCCAGCCCCUCAGGUUUCCACAGCUGUGGUGGAGCCCUACAACUCCAUUCUGACCACUCACACAACCCUGGAGCACUCUGAUUGUGCCUUCAUGGUAGACAAUGAGGCCAUCUACGAUAUCUGUCGCAGAAACCUUGACAUUGAACGCCCAACCUACACUAAUCUGAAUCGCCUUAUUAGCCAAAUUGUGUCCUCUAUCACUGCCUCUCUCCGAUUUGAUGGUGCCCUGAAUGUUGAUCUGACAGAAUUCCAGACCAACCUGGUGCCCUAUCCCCGUAUCCAUUUCCCUCUGGCCACAUAUGCCCCAGUCAUCUCUGCUGAGAAAGCCUACCAUGAGCAGCUGACUGUAGCAGAGAUCACCAAUGCUUGUUUUGAGCCUGCCAACCAGAUGGUGAAAUGUGACCCUCGCCACGGUAAAUACAUGGCUUGCUGCCUGCUCUACCGUGGUGAUGUGGUUCCCAAAGAUGUCAAUGCUGCUAUUGCCACUAUCAAGACAAAACGUAGCAUCCAGUUUGUGGAUUGGUGCCCAACUGGCUUCAAGGUUGGCAUCAAUUACCAGCCUCCCACUGUGGUUCCUGGUGGUGACCUGGCCAAGGUACAGCGGGCUGUGUGCAUGUUGAGCAACACUACAGCUGUUGCUGAGGCCUGGGCUCGCCUGGACCACAAAUUUGAUCUGAUGUAUGCCAAGCGUGCCUUUGUCCAUUGGUAUGUGGGGGAGGGCAUGGAGGAAGGAGAGUUCUCUGAGGCACGGGAGGAUAUGGCUGCCCUGGAGAAAGAUUAUGAGGAGGUUGGAGCAGAUAGUGCUGAUGGGGAAGAUGAAGGUGAGGAAUAUUGAUGUGUAUGUUAUCUUUUUCUUUAUACUAGGUCUUUUUUUUCUGUUCUGUGAAAACGUCCUCUGUGAUCAUUAAAUGUCAAUAAAAGUGAUGCUUUUA